AUGACUUUUCUUCCCUACAACUCCUUGUGCAAGAAGCUUGCAGCUAUAGGUCAAUUUAUGUUCAAUUAUUCAAAAACUAAUCAUGUCAAUUGGACUAACCAAGGAUGGACAAGAGGAGUUAAAAGUUCAAGUAUUUUGAAUGAAUGCAAGCCAACUAUCACAGAAGAUAGUAAACAAUGGGCUCGAAGGCUUCAAUCUAAACUUUUACGGUUGACAUAUCAAGUUGCUGAGAACAAUGAUCUUCGAGAGGAAAUGGAGGCAAUGAUUGAAGAAUUUAGUAAGAAAAUAUAUAAUUUUGAAGUGAAAUAUGAGAGUGAAGCUAAACACGAACGCAUCAAACAAGUUGGCCGUUUGAUAGGAAAUAUGAAGGGACUUAAGAAGCGAGAAGGACAAAGACGAACUAGAAGAUUUAAACCACCAUACGAGAAGCGUCAAGGAAAGGGUAAAAAAUCUUCUUCAAGCAAUUUGGCUACAAGCGAAUUGGUAACUACUUCACAACCAAAUGAGUUCUCUCAAGCUUCUCAGGUGUCAUUUUUUGAUCUCAAUAUUGAACCUGGACAAGAGUUUCUAUCACUCCUUGCAUCUACACCUCCCCCUUUUUAUCAAUAUUGAUUUGUUUCUUGCAGCAGCAGCAAUGCAAAUUCAAAGUGGCAUUCAUGUGAAAGUGGUUUGUCAAAGAUGGAAGAUGGCUUUGAUGUCAAACUAAAGAUUUUGUUACUAAUUUAUACGUAAAUGUUGAUGACUUGCUUCAGUCUUUUUAUAUCAAUCACCCAAUUCAUCUUGUAAUUAAUUUUUGUUGGAUAAUUUGAUCAGUGCUUGCUAUUUCACUAGAUAGUGGAAGCAAAUAGUUUAUAUGGAAGCAAAAUAGUUUAUCUGAGGGGAAGCAAA